GUGAAGUAAUAAAGAAACAAAGAAAAAACGUAGAAAAUUCCCAAUUUGUAAUGUUGCUAUUAAUUUUGACUUGAAUCUCACACGUUCAUCAAUUUGUCAAUUACUACAGCAAAUCUUCUUUUUCCGCACAAAAUUAAGAGUAACAUACAAUUUUAUUUUUUAUUCUUAAUUUUUAUGGGUUCUUCCAUUGGAUCUUCCUAAAACCCGGAGAUCAGAUCACACCAUUAGAAACAUGAAGAACAAUUUUCACUAUAUUCUGCUCUGAACAAUUCAUCACUUCACUCUUUCUUCAUUACCCAACUGUUUUCUUCUUCUUUCACACUAUCAGCAUUGCAAAUCCCAAAUUCUCAACACUUUUAUCUGUUUGAUCUGGUUAUGGUUUGUGGAAUUCUGCUGUUUUUGGAGGAUUUUUGAAUUCUCAAUGCUCAUGCUGGGUCUAGAUCAGUGAUCCCUACUAUACUUUGACACUAUUGUUGUCUGGCAUCAUCGCAUGAUCUAUAUGUUGUUAGGAGAGGCAGAUGAAGUGUUUUAAAUUGUUAAUAAAUAAUGGUCUUUGGUAAAAUCGCAGAAAUAAUAUCGUCUGCAACAAAUCGUUCAUCCAUGAGGCAUUCAUCUUCCAUUCCAUACAUCCAAGCAGGAUUAUCACCUCCAAAAGGUUCUAGCAAUGGCUUCGGGUUUAGCAGCACGGGGCAGAUGAACAACAUGAGGUUGUCUUCAUCGUUACAAGAUUUUUCCCAAUUUUGUCGAAUCGACGCUGAGUUCAGUGAGUCAAAUGGUGGGUUUGAUCUUAUUAAAGAAAAACCUCCCCAUACUUUUCGUAAAGACAUAUCUAGUCCCAGUUUCUCGAAAGAUAAAGUGCCUCAAAGCAAUCUGUUUAUUCGUAAGAAAUGGAUUAGAAUAUUAACAAGCCUUCUUUGCCUGCUUUUCUUUGGUAUCCUUGUGUUUAUACUUGGUCGGUUUCUUUAUUCUUUGUGGUCCGAAGGCGCUUCCAAGUUUUACGUUGUGCUCGAUUGCGGGAGCACUGGAACUCGAGUAUACAUAUAUCAAACAUCUGUCGCAAACAAGAAAAACGGUAAUCUUCCCAUUGUUUUGGCAUCAUAUUCCGGGGGAUAUAGAAAGCCAAAAGGACAAAGUGGUCGUGCUUAUAAUCGUAUGGAGACUGAGCCUGGGCUUGACAAAUUGGUACGCAACGCUACUGGUUUGAAGGCUGCAUUAAGGCCACUUCUACGGUGGGCAGAGAAGCAAAUUCCCGCGAAUUCGCAUAAGUCUACUUCUCUUUUCCUUUAUGCUACUGCUGGUGUUCGAAGAUUGCGAACACCCGACUCUGAUUGGCUUCUUAAUCAUGCCUGGUCUAUACUAAAACACUCUCGUUUCUCGUGUCAAAGGGAUUGGGUCAAGAUUAUUAGCGGCAUGGAGGAAGCAUAUUACGGAUGGAUAGCACUAAACUAUGAAACAGGUGUCUUAGGUUCCAUUCCGAAAAAGCCUACUUUUGGUGCCCUUGAUUUGGGUGGUUCGUCGCUGCAAGUCACAUUUGAGAGUAACGAACCUGUUCUUAACAAAACUAACUUAAACCUUAGCAUUGGACCGGUGAAACAUCACCUUAGCGCCUAUUCUCUAUCUGGGUAUGGAUUAAACGAUGCCUUCGACAAAUCUGUUGUUCAUCUGCUCAAAAGAAUGCCAAAACCGAGCAAGGAUGAUUUAGCUCGGGGGAACUUAGAAAUCAAGCAUCCUUGCUUACAUCCCGGAUAUAAAAGUGAAUACUCUUGUUCUCAGUGUGCUUCCGUAAACCAAGAGGCCGGACCCGGGAGUCCUCGUUAUGGAGAGAAGGAUAUUGGCAAAGGAGGCAAACCGGGAAUCCCCGUUCAGCUCAUUGGCUCUCCAAAUUGGGCUGAUUGUAGUGCAGUUGCUAAGGCUGCUGUAAAUCUAUCUGAAUGGUCGGAUCUUAAUCCUGGAUUCGAUUGUGAUGUGCAACCAUGUGCUCUUUCUGAAGACCUUCCCCAUCCUCGUGGGCAAUUUUUCGCUAUGUCUGGGUUCUUUGUCGUCUAUCGGUUUUUCAACUUGAGCUCUGAAGCAACCCUUGAUGAUGUUUUAGAGAAGGGGCAUCAAUAUUGCGGUAAAGAUUGGGAAGUUGCUUAUAAAAGCGUUCCUCCGCAGCCCUUUAUCGAGCAGUACUGCUUCAGAGCACCCUACAUAGUUUCAUUGUUGCGGGAAGGCCUGCAUAUAACGGAUGGUCAGAUCAUGAUUGGCUCGGGUGGUACCACUUGGACACAAGGCGUUGCACUCGUUGAAGCUGGCAAGGCGUUUGCAACUAGAACCGAACUUCACACACUUCAAUUAUUUGAUGUGAAGUUAGAUCCUGUUGUUCUUUUUGCGAUUCUGUUAGUAUCCUCGAUUUUGUUGGUUUGUGCAUUGUCGUGCGCUGGUAAUUGUGUGCCUAGAUUUUUCCGUAGAACCCAUCUUCCUAUUUUCCGGCAUAAUAGUGCGCCAGCAGCAGUUAUCAAUAAGGCAUCCCCUUUCCGGUUUCAGCGUUGGAGCCCCAUAACUUCAGGUGAUUCGAGAGUGAAAAUGCCACUAAGUCCAACGGCCAUUGGCGAUCAAGAAAGGUCAUUUGGCGUUGGACAUUCGUUUGGAAGCAACAUUCAGCUCACUGAUUCUCCUCUAUAUUCUGCAAUCAGUGGUGUGUCACAUAGUCCUUCAUCAUUUAAUUUAGGGCAAAUUCAAUUUGACAAGAAUGGGUGGAGCCCUCAUAGAAGUCAGAUGCGUCUCCAAAGUAGACGAUCAGCAUCCCGAGAUGAUCUGAUUUCUUCUCUAUCGGAUCAUUGAUGAAUGCUCAGAUCUCCAAAAUGCUGGUACGAUUUCGGUAUUUACUUCGCCUACAAGCCUACAAUUAGUCCGAUAAUCUGAAAUUUUAGGGUAAGUUAGGUUUUUUGGCCUAUCUCCAAUUUUGGCCCUCUUAGUAUAUAAUUCAUUGUUGAAGCUUUACUGUAAAGAUAUAAAUUUUCAAAGCAACCUAGAGGAACUAGUAUAGUCUGUCUCAAUUAGUAUAACAUAAUUCGCUAGCUAAUUCGCGUUUUGAAUUCGCGAUUCGCUCAAAUUUGCCCAAGAAUAGCCUAAAACCGACCAUAAUUCACUUUUUUCGAUUCGCAAUUCGCGAGGAAGUUAGCGAAUUAUGUGACACUAGUCUAAACUCUCACUUAGUCACCUCAUUGUUCUGUUAUGUGUAUUGAUUCUAUUUAAUGUACCUUAUACAUCUUAUACAUAUUCAUAUAUACACGUUUUUUUUUCUCGAGUUG